GUAAUCCACCACUUGUUGAUUUCUUUAUAGUUAAUCGAGAAAAUAUGUCCUUGUCCGAAGUUAAACGUUCGCUUGAAGGUUUCAUACAGAUUCAUCCCAGUCUAAAGCUAUUGGCCGACCGCAACUGUAUCGCCCGGGCCGACAGUGAUCCGGCAGAUGGUAAAGUAAAGCUGAUUUCCGGUGGAGGAAGCGGCCAUGAACCAGCCCAUAUCGGAUACGUCGGGAAAGGUAUGCUAACUGGUGCCGUCUGUGGAGAUAUCUUUAGCUCUCCUUCGGUCACUGCUAUACUAGAUUGCCUCAAGUUCGUAGCAGGCCCAAGCACUAGUGUAAUUUUUAUUGUAAAAAACUACACCGGAGAUCGGCUGAAUUUCGGAAUAGCUUUGGAAAAGGCUCGCACAAUUUUUGGAUAUCAAGACGUUCGUCUGCUGCUAGUGGGUGAUGAUUGUUCUAUCGAUGAAUGCCAUGUUAGAAAAUCUGUUGGACGACGAGGAUUGGCUGGAGUUGUAUUGGUUCACAAGCUGCUCGGAGCGAUGGCUGAAAUGGGCUGUGACAUUGCAGAAAUAUAUGAGCACGGACAAUUAUUGGUUAAAAGCUGUAAUUUGGCUACAAUUGGUUUUACGUUCCAGUUGAAUGGCACGAAAUUAGAGAACAUCGAAAUUGGUAAAGGUAUUCACGGUGAACCCGGCGUAUAUACUAUGCCAACGGCCAGCGAUUUCAACGACAUUAUUGAUUUCAUUCUUCCGAAGCUGGUUAAAAAUGUAAAACAAGGAUCCGAUGUGCUACUAAUGGUGAAUAAUUUAGGAGGAACUUCAGAAUUUUUAAUGGGAACAUUUGUUAGCGACUUGAUGAGUAAAAUAAGUUCACAUUAUGCCGUUAAAAAAAUAUACGCAGGAACAUUUUUGUCAUCGCUUGACCAAGCUGGAAUCUCAAUAACUGUUCUGAAUCUGAGAUACUCGCCAAUGCUGCAGAAAUUACUAGAUUUCCAAGUAAACGUUCCGUCGGUUCUUUUCGGAAAACAAUUAAUCGAAGGCUUAACAAAAUCAAGUAUUAUGGAAUCUAGUUUACAAGAAACCCCAGUUACACUUAACUCAAGUGAAAUGCUUACAAUAACUAAAAGUUUUGGUGCGAAACUGGCUUCAAAUAUUAUCGCAUACGUUUGUGAAGCACUGAUUUCUUGCACGGACAUGCUAAAUACUAUCGAUAAAGAAGCUGGCGACGGGGACACAGGAACUACCAUUGGCAAGGGAGCUGCAAGUGUUUUGGAACAUCUCAACGACAAGAAACUAGAUUUGAUACAUCCUGCAGUUCUUUUACAGCAGAUCAGCGAUAUCCUUCAACAAAGUAUGGGUGGAUCAUCAGGUGCUUUAUAUAGCUUGUUUUUCCAAGGAGCUUCAACAGCUUUCACCACUAUAAACGAAGGCGACCAAAGCGUUUCCAUGCAACACUGGAGUCAAGCACUUGGCAAAGGAAAUGCUACCAUCGUUAAAUAUGCCCUCACCGAAGUCGGUGACCGUACAAUGUAUGAUCCACUGAAAGCAGGUGAACAACGCUUUACGGAAGCGCUUAGCAAGGACCUGCCUGUGCUUGAUUGUGUCGAAAGCUUUACCAAAGCAUGCGAGGAGACGGCACGGGCCACAAUACGUAUGCAAGCGAAAGCUGGACGUGCCGCAUACGGGACAUCCUCGGACAGUACGUCGGUCUUUGCUUAUCAACAUCCAGAUCCAGGCGCUCACGCCGUAUCAAUUUGGGCCCGAGCUCUGUUCGAAGCCUGCAAACAGGUCAUUGUUUAAUAACUUGCUUAUAAUUCAAGAAACGUAUUAGAAUAGUGGGGUUUAGUUAGUUUAUUCAUUAAUAAAAAG